AUCAGUACAACUCAGAAGCAAUCAUGUUUUAUUGUUUUGUUUAUGCAGGUGAUCGCUGCCCCGAUGACUGGAUUCAGUUAAACAAUCGCUGUUUCCUCACUGGAACAGAGCCACUGACGUUUAAUGAUGCAGAGAGUGCCUGCAACAACCAGAGUGGGCAUCUUGCAUCCAUCCAGAAUGGAGCGGAACUUGCUUUGGUUGACUAUAUCAGUGACGUUCAGUCCGGGUCAUGGAUUGGACUCUUCCUGAACGAAGUGUUGAGCUUGACUUGGACUGAUGGUUCAGACACAGAAUUUGUUGGGAUAUUCACCAGUGGCUCGGGCUGCGCAGUGACUUCUGAUACGUCUACCGAUGACAACCCUUGGACGUUUGUUGACUGCGAGAAUGAACAUCCCUAUGUAUGUACCCGAGAUGUUUUCGAGUGUGCCUUAAUUUGCACUCUAGACGGAGAUCAACUAUAGUUUUGAG